GAAAAGGCUCCAUAAGCCCGAGUCCGGGAGAAGCCAGGCGCGAGUGUCCAGUGGGCCUUGCCUGCUGGAGUCCGCAGACAGGGCUUCACACUCCCAGCAGCACAACACGAAUGCAGCGUUGCCGACGAGGGGAGCUCACUGAUGCCUUCACGUGCGGGAUUCCCGUCACCAUGGGCGAUUCCAACGUGGACGCCAGUGCCACCGUGUCUGAGACAGUGGCUGAAGAAGUGUCUCUUUUCAGCAUGACGGACAUGAUUCUGUUUUCACUCAUCGUGGGCCUCCUGACCUACUGGUUCCUCUUCAGAAAGAAAAAAGAAGAAGUCCCUGAGUUCACCAGAAUUCAGCCAGUGACCUCCUCUGUCAAAGACAGCAGCUUUGUGGAAAAGAUGAAGAAGACGGGCAGGAACAUCAUCGUGUUCUACGGCUCCCAGACGGGGACGGCAGAGGAGUUUGCCAACCGCUUGUCCAAGGACGCGCACCGCUACGGGAUGCGGGGCAUGGCUGCAGACCCCGAGGAGUAUGACUUGGCCGACCUGGGCAGCCUGCCGGAGAUCGACAACUCCCUGGCAGUGUUCUGCAUGGCCACCUAUGGUGAGGGGGACCCCACAGACAAUGCACAGGACUUCUACGACUGGCUCCAGGAGACGGAUGUGGACCUCUCUGGAGUCAAGUAUGCGGUGUUUGGUCUCGGGAACAAGACCUACGAGCACUUCAACGCCAUGGGCAAGUACGUGGACAAGCGGCUGGAGCAGCUCGGCGCCCAGCGGAUCUUCGAGCUGGGGAUGGGCGACGACGAUGGGAAUCUGGAGGAGGACUUCAUCACGUGGCGAGAGCAGUUCUGGCCGGCUGUGUGCGAGCACUUCGGGGUGGAGGCCACCGGGGAGGAGUCCAGCAUUCGCCAGUACGAGCUUGUGGUCCACACAGACAUCGACACGGCCAAGGUGUACGUCGGGGAGAUGGGCAGACUGAAGAGCUAUGAGAACCAGAAACCCCCCUUCGAUGCCAAGAAUCCGUUCUUGGCUGAGGUCACCACCAACCGGAAGCUGAACCAGGGAACCGAGCGACACCUCAUGCACCUGGAAUUAGACAUCUCAGACUCCAAACUCAGGUAUGAAUCUGGGGACCAUGUGGCCGUUUACCCAGCCAAUGACUCUGCCCUGGUCAACCAGCUUGGCAAGAUCUUGGGUGCUGACCUGGAUGUCAUCAUGUCCCUGAACAAUCUAGAUGAGGAGUCCAACAAGAAGCACCCCUUUCCCUGCCCCACCUCCUACCGCACGGCCCUCACCUACUACCUGGACAUCACCAACCCUCCACGCACUAACGUGCUCUACGAGCUGGCACAGUACGCCUCGGAGCCCUCUGAGCAGGAGCAGCUGCGCAAGAUGGCAUCCUCCUCAGGCGAGGGCAAGGAGCUGUACCUGAGCUGGGUGGUGGAGGCUCGGCGGCACAUCCUGGCCAUCCUGCAGGACUACCCGUCCCUGCGGCCCCCCAUCGACCACCUGUGUGAGCUGCUGCCUCGUCUCCAGGCCCGCUACUACUCCAUCGCCUCAUCCUCCAAGGUCCACCCCAACUCCGUGCACAUCUGUGCUGUGGCCGUGGAGUAUGAGACCAAGUCUGGCCGCAUCAACAAGGGCGUGGCCACCAGCUGGCUGCGGGCCAAGGAGCCUGCGGGGGAGAACGGCCGCCGGGCCCUGGUGCCCAUGUUCGUGCGCAAGUCCCAGUUCCGCCUGCCCUUUAAGGCCACCACCCCUGUCAUCAUGGUGGGUCCCGGCACGGGGGUGGCCCCCUUCAUAGGCUUCAUCCAGGAGCGGGCCUGGCUGCGGCAGCAGGGCAAGGACGUGGGGGAGACGCUGCUCUACUACGGCUGCCGCCGGUCCAACGAGGACUAUCUGUACCGCGAGGAGCUGACUCAGUUCCACAAGGACGGCGCCCUCACGCAGCUCAACGUGGCCUUUUCCCGGGAGCAGCCCCACAAGGUCUACGUACAGCACUUACUGAAAAGGGACAAGGAGCACCUGUGGAAGCUGAUCCACGAAGGGGGCGCCCACAUCUACGUCUGCGGGGAUGCUCGGAACAUGGCGAGGGACGUGCAGAACACCUUCUACGACAUCGUGGCUGAGGGGGGGGCCAUGGAGCACGCCCAGGCCGUGGACUACAUCAAGAAGCUGAUGACCAAGGGCCGCUACUCCCUGGACGUGUGGAGCUAGGGGUGGCCCGGCCCAGCCCCUCAGGCCCCACAGACCUGCUUCCCCAUGUAAUCACUUUCCUUGCUCCCUUCUGCCAGUCUGCUGGCUGGUUUGUGCCAGGCCUGGCCGAGGGACAGAGACCAGUCCAGGCCCCAGACACACCCUCCGGAGCACCCUGGCCCCAGGGCGCAUGGUCAGGGGAGACGGGCCUGUGUUUUGUGAACAUCUCAGGCCCUUGGGGGAAGGGCUCUUCUCAGCGGAGCUGGGACCCAGUCCCUCCACAUUAUUUUCAAUGACUGUAAAUAAUUUUAAAUAAUCUCUGGUCCUUGGAAUAAAGUUCUGUUUUCUGUA